CUCCUCUUUUAAUUUUUUUUUCCAUCUUUUUUUUUUGGUUCCCCUAUAUAUAUGUAAUUAUUUUUUUUUAGUUCUUUCCUUUCUCUUAUACAUUUUCGAUCCCCCUCACUCCUUCUAUUUACCCCGUCUUAUACAAAAAGGCCCACCUCUCUUUCUUUUUCUUUUUUCUUCACCAUGAACUGUACAACCAAAAUUCCCACCUAUUGCUACAGACAUAGUCCCGAAUUAAUCAAGACUCGUAACAAGGAAGAUGUGACCACGCUGCAUUUACAACAGGAAUUGAGCUUAUUACCAGCACAAACCCAAUUAGAAAUUUCCACACUUUGGUCUACUUUUCAAACCGCCAACAAAGAGAGUCGAUUAUUAAUGCUUAAGGGUAUAUUAGCCUCUUCCUGCACACCUCAACUUUCAUUUAUUUCCAACGCCGUCAAACCUUUAUUACGUACCGAUUUCACUGCAGUUUUCCCUUCCGAAAUCACCAAACAUAUUUUUUCUUUACUCGACGCUUCUUCGCUCUGUUCAGCUGCUCAAGUCAAUCAUCAUUGGAAGAACUUGGCUGACGAUGACACUUUAUGGCAUCACAUGUGCGAACAACAUAUCAAUAAGAAAUGCACCAAAUGUGGUUGGGGUUUACCUCUCCUUCAAAAACGUAAAGUGAUUCGCAUUAAACGUGCUCGUGAGGUCGAAAGUGAUGCCAUGUGUGAAGACAUCCCCGCUGCAAAACGUCUCGAUCGUCGUCGUCCCUGGAAAGAUGUUUACAGUGAGCGUCUUGUGGUCGGUCGUAAUUGGCGUCGUAAUCGAUCUGCUACUCAAUCCUUUUCAGGUCAACAUAAAGGGGGUGUCACCUCUUUACAAUUCUGUGAGGCUCAAAAUAUCUUGAUCACCGGCUCCUAUGAUAAAACUGCUAUCGUUUGGAACUUGGAAACUGGUGAAGUCUUGAGAAAAUUAGAAGGCCAUGCUCGUGCUAUUCGUACACUUCAGUUCGAUGAUACCAAAUGUGUGACGGGUUCAAUGGAUCAUACCUUACGUAUUUGGAAUUAUCAUACAGGUCAAUGCAUUCGUACUUUGGAAGGUCAUACGGACGGUGUCGUUCAUCUUAACUUUGAUUGUCGAAUCCUGGCAAGUGGUUCUGCCGAUGCCUCCAUCAAAAUUUGGAACUUUCAAACAGGUGAAUGCUAUACUUUGACAGGUCAUACCAAGAUGGUGAAUCAUGUCAGCAUUCAAAAGAACAGUACUACCUUGAUCUCCAGCUCAGAUGAUGGUUCUAUUCGUAUUUGGGAUCUCGAAAAACGUGCCUGUGCUCGUGUCCUCAGUGGUCAUAUGGCUCCCGUUCAAGCUGCUAUUCCUAGUAUGCCUGGUUUCUUGCAUUCUUUUUACAAGCCUGUCGUCAAACCUCGUAGAGCUAUUAGUCCUAUCAGUAGUAGUAGCGAUGAAGAAGAAUUACCAGUUGUCUUGAGACGUCGUGGUAGUAACUCAAGCAAUACAAGCACACGUAGCGAGGAUUGUGACCGUCGAUCAUCCGAACAAGUGGUCAUUUCUGGUUCAUUGGAUAAUACCAUCAAGGUCUGGUCUUUAGAAUCCGGUGAAUGUUUACAAACUUUAUUUGGUCAUGUUCAAGGUAUUUGGACAUUAGCCUAUGAUAAAUUACAUAUGGUGUCUGGCUCGCAUGAUGGCAGUUUAAAACUCUGGGAUAUCGAAAGUGGAUUACCCAUGCAUUGUUUAGAAGGACAUGCAUCGGCUGUCACUGCUGUGGCUCUCAGUGAUACCAAAAUCGUCAGUGCUGAUGAUCAAGGUGAAGUAAGAAUCUUUGACUUUGGCUGUAAAUAA